AUGUAGGAGGAAAUAAUUUAAAUAGGAAAAAAUAAUGGAAGAAGGAUAAGCUUUGGUAACAACCCUAUUCAAAGCGAGAGAUAGGAGAAAGCAGACAUAGUUUUGACUCAUUAGACCAAUAUGAUAAAUAUAACUUACAAUGAAGAAUUUCCUAUUUAAGAAAAGGAGUUUUGGCUUUAAGGUGAAGAGGAUGAAGAUGAUGAAGCAGAUUACAAUUAAGUAUAAAAUUAGGCUGAAAUUUAAAAAAAGGGAGAAAAGAACUAGCUUAUUUUACAUUCAGAUCAAAAUUUAGCAGAGAUUCAACAAAUAGGAAAAAAAGAGUUCUAAUCUAACAAUCAAAACAAUAAAUGCGAAAAAAAUGAAGAUGAUGAGUUAUCCGAAAAAAUAUAAGUGCCAUUGAUAAUUUUAAAAAACCAUUCAAAGAAUAGUUAAGCAAAGAAUUAAAAACCUAUUUUAUCGACUCAAGCAAACAUAUCGUAGUAUGCUACAAACAAUUUAUUGAGCAGUCCAUCACUGAAACCUUAGUUUGAGUAUUAGUUUGCUACUUCAAUAGAUGACACAAAAACUCCUUAAAAUAAUAAAAGCAAUCGCAAGAAAUAUUAAAAUUAAAGUGGAUUUGCGUUGAGAGAAUUAGCUGAAGAUGAAAUUGAUCUUUCUCCAAUAGGAGGAUAAAAUAAUAUGAAAUCUCCUAUGAAUGAUUUACAAAGCCCUAACAUGAGUAGAGAUUUGACACAAGAUUUUAAUUUGCUAAAGAUGCAAAAAAAAUAAAUGAAAAUUGAUGAUAGAUAUUCUUAGUAGCAAUUUGAAUGGUAAUAACCUUAGGAUUAAGGAGAAUAGUAAAUGAACUCAGCUAAAAACCCAGAAAAUAAUGUUCAAAGCAAUAAUAACAAUAACGAGUGA